GUGCCUUAUGAAAGCACUUCUGCAAAGUGGAACUGUCUUUUGGAGUCUGGUUAGGCUGGAACGUGACUUUUUAGGUUGUCUUAAGGCUUUAGAGAUUUGGUCAUCAUGGACCAGGUAAUGCAGUUCGUGGAGCCCAGCCGGCAGUUUGUGAAAGACUCCAUACGGCUUGUGAAGAGAUGCACCAAGCCUGACAGGAAAGAGUUCCAGAAGAUUGCCAUGGCGACAGCGAUUGGCUUUGCCAUCAUGGGAUUUAUUGGCUUCUUUGUCAAGCUGAUUCACAUCCCAAUCAACAAUAUCAUUGUAGGCGGCUGAAUGUUCAUCAUGAAGAACAAGACACUGUGACACUUGCUGCAAAGAUUUCACUGCUUUGUAACCUGUUUGCUAUUAAACAAGCUUAGUGUGGGUUUUCAGA